ACAAUGCAAUGAAAAAUAUUGUAGAACUGUGAUUUAGACAAAUAACCUAAAAAGGAACGUCAAUAAUCAAAAUAGCCGAAAACUUGCGAAAACUGUUGAAAUCAUUGAUUUCCUUAUCUCAUUUUCAGUUCAAAUAAUUAUAUAAUCAAAUAUUGCAAUGAACAGUAUCGGAGAAGAGUGUACUGAUUUGAAGAAAAGAUAUGACGACUGUUUUAAUUCAUGGUUUUCGGAGCGUUUCCUAAAAGGCGAUCACGAUGAUUCUGUGUGCGCUGGGAUUUUCAAAGUUUACCAGGAAUGUGUAAAGAAGGCAAUGAAGCAACAAAAUAUUGAUUUCAAGGAAAUAGACAAAGAUGUAUUGGGUACUGACAGUGAAUUUAAAGCACCUCCAGACAACCACAGUUGACAGAUUGAAACAUGCAGUCUGCUUUGUCCUUAUAGUCCGUUCAAUAUGUGGAAUGUGUUUAGUGUCUGCAUCACUUAUUCAGAUAGUAAAUAAAGUACAAGUUGGUUUAAGUUUAGUAUGUACAGUAGAUGACAAAGCUUAUUAUAAUUUUUUUUAUUUAUCUUGUUAGUUUGAGAGAGAAAUUAGACAUAGAUUAAAACACAGGUUCACAAGUAUUUGCCAAUCUAUUGUAUCUGAGCUGAACUUGAGACCCUGUUUUAGCUCAAUGUUGGUAAAGGCGCCAAGUAGUGACUGUAACCAAGUAAAAUUAUGUCAACUGCUACUGCCAUUCAAAUGUUAAAUUUUAAGACAAUGUCUCAAAAAAGUUACACACCAUUGCAAGCCAUUAUUUAUAAAGUCAGUAAAGAACUUUAAAGCUGUAUUUCUUUUUAUUACCAAAUUAAUUAUUGAUUGGGCAUCAUGAUUAUCAUCAUCAUCUCAAAGUUUUAAUUUUAGCUACUUAACAUUGUUUAUUAACAAUGGGGAGCUGCAUCUAUUUGAUAGUCUAAAUGUUUUAUUUAAGAAAAUGAACUUUUAUUUUGUCAUAAUAUAUAUAAUAUGAAUGGCAUUUAGUGUGAUUAUUUUAUUGUGUAAUAAAAAAUAAUAUUUAAGUUGUCUAGUAUGCUACUUAUGUACACAGUAUACUAUUGUUGUUUCUCUAGAUAGUUUCAAUCAAUUUAAGUAGAAAUACAAAAUAUGUAAUGCAUUAUUGAAAUGCUUGGAUGUAGUUGUUAUAUUAAUGUAUCUGUUGCAGUUAUUUUGUUACUAUAAAAUUGUAUUAAAAACAAUAUUUUAUUACUUAUAUUUUACAUAAACUAGUCAGUCUAUUUUGCCAGUCAGCUAUGAAAACCAGCCUGUUUCACCUAAUAAGUGUUAUAUCAAUUUAAUAACUAUUUUAUUAUUCUAUAAAAUAAAUAAUUACUUUGUAAUA